CAUUUUAUCUCUGCCCCCCAAAACCGGCAUAUCUGAAUUCUGGAACAGUCCGCCGCUCGAAAAUGUCGCUAUUUGGUCUGAUUAUCUCUGGACGCCUGCCGCAAUCGGAUUUUGUGGCCGUGGACACCACCAAGCUGCUGGUCAAUGUGCCCGACAUCGAAUCCGUCAAUUACCUGGUAGUAUUCCUCACCGGCGUCUCCCCCCUGCCCGUCGGAACCUCGGCGGCGAUAUACUUCAGCUGGCCUGACGCGAAUGCGGCGCCCACAUGGCAGUACCUGGGUCACAUAAACAACAACAAGCCCUCCGCCAUCUUCAAGAUUGCCCAGCUGAAGAAGAGCCACGAGCUGGAGGCCCACGCCAACGGGAUGGUCUUCGGCAGUCAGGAGAUCUCGCACAUUGCUCAAAUCGGAGUGUCCCUCGAACCGGAGCUAACGGUGGCACAACAGACGCCAGCUGUGUCCACCGCCAACGACAACAAGCAGUUCGGCCAGCGAAUGCUCGAGAACUUCUUCAACUUUGCCUCCAGCUUCGGAGUCUCAGCCAGAGACAUCCCGCCUGCCUCGAGCGAGACCUUUGUGCCUUUCUCCGUCGUCCAGAACUGGUAUACGAAUUUCCAGCGCCGCAUGGAACAGAACCCAAACUUCUGGAAGUACUGAGGACACCCGAACGAUGGAGGAUUAACCUCCAAAAGUUGUUGAUAUUACAA